UUGUGUGUGUGUAUGCAAUAAAGAAUUAAUAAUUAUUUGUCAAUAGAAAAUAAUAUAUUGACAAGUGAUUGCUAGCAUACCACACAUACCAAGCUAGUUAUUGUUAAUUGAUACCACGUCAAACAUACGCCGACAGAGAGGCGCUGGUAACUUUCAAUAUCAUCUGGUAUCUGUGCUGGUAUGCUGGGUCUGGGUAUCUUUGUGAUACUUAUUGCAUAUGUCAGUCUGUGCUCAUUGAUGUUAUAAAUUAAGUCACAAUAUACAGUACAGAGUCAUUCAUUUUACAUCCAUUAUACUGUAUCAAUAUCUUUUUUAUUUUAUUAAUAUAUUCCGAACGGUCAAAGUGUCAUCAUUGGUGUUUUGUAAUAAUAAAUAAAUAUGGAAUUACAACAACAGAUUAGUGAAUUGAGAGAAAAAUUAUUGAAAAAAUUGGAAGAUGAAGGCAAUAAUUUUCAUCCUGAUGAUAUUGUGAGAGUUAAAACACGAGAUGACUGGUUGAGAAGGUUUAUAGAACACAGCGAAUUUAAGGUUGAUGAUGCUCUUAAUAUGUUGUGGAAUAGCUGUGAAUGGAGACAAAAAGUUGGAGCUAAUGAUAUCAACGAGGAAAAUGUCAGACGUGAAUAUUUAGAAGAUGGAGUUUUCUUCGGCUAUGGGAAAGAUAAAGACGGCAAGACAUUGUUUGUUAUUCGUUCGAAAUUACACGUAAGAGGUGCUAGAGACUUUGAAGAAUUACAGCGAUGUGUUAUCUACUGGCUAGAAAGACUUGAAAGAGAAGGGAAUGGUGACCAAAUAACAUUAUUCUUUGAUAUGACUGAUACGGGCUUAUCUAACACAGAUUUAGAGUUUAUAAAAUACAUAAUUAAUCUUCUCAAGCAUUACUAUCCAAAUUUUCUGAACAAUAUCAUUCUACUGGACUUGCCAUGGGUACUGAAUGCAGCUUUGAAAAUAAUAAAAUCAUGGCUUCCACCUCCAGCAAUACCAAAAAUAAAACAAGUUAAUAAAACUGGGCUCAAGGACCUAAUUGAUUCCAAUGUGGCUUUAAAAAGUUGGGGUGGAACUAAUGAGUAUGUCUUUAAGUUUAUACCAGAAGUUCGUACUAAUUCACUAAUUGUCAAUGGUAAACUGGACAACAAAAAAGUUCACUUUGCUGAAAAUUCUCCAUUGACUGAAAUGCCAUCCAGUGGAUUUGGUGAUCAAUCUCCAGAAGAAUCUAUGCUUGCUAUCAGUCCAGAUGUUAUUUCAUUCAAUAAAGAAGGGCCUGAAAUAAUUGGUACAAUUGUUUUAAAAAAUACAACUACUGAAAAAUUCCUUUCGUACAAGAUAAAAACAACAGCACCUGAGAAAUUUCGAGUACGUAGAAGUACUGGUGUAUUAGCACCGGGAAUGCAGGCUACCGUAACAGUAUCGUUACAACCUGGCUUCAAUUUACGUGCUUUAUUACACCAAGAUAAAUUUCUAGUAAUGUGUCUUCCUCUCAAAGAUUCUAAGAUGAGUUCUGAGGACUUAACUGAAUUUUGGAAGACUAAUGGAAAAUCAGCUGAACAGCAUAAAGUUUUUUGUCGUGAUGGAAUGAAUGAAUCAGCAUCAGCUUUAUCUUCAAGCCUAACUAAUACGGAUAGAACAACUGAUUCAUUACAUGCAAAAAUUGCGCAUUUAGAAGAAUGCCACGGCAAAUUACAUAAAGAGCUACGUAACGUUAAACACGUAAUGAUAAUAUCAAUAAUAUGGACUGUGGUAGCUGCGGUAGCAAUUGUUUAUAUUUUACGUUCAGAUAUUGAACAAGUACUAGGUAACGAUCAGAGUUGUCACACUCAUUCACAUAUUUAAUACGAGGCCUGUGGCUGCUAGUCUUAUCAAUGUUUGAAAAACAAUUACUACAAUUACUAAAAAAAAGAUCUUACGUUUCCGAUUGGUUAUAAACAAAUUAUUCGUGCCACGAUUUAUUUGUUAUAAAUUUUUUUAAUAUUUAAAUUUGAAUGCCUUGUAUAUAUUAAUUUUUUUUAUCAAAGCAUUUACAACCAUUCCUUUUGUACUGAGUAAUUAUUUUUUUUACUUCCUCUUCAUUAUUUAAUUUAUAAAACAGAUCCAUUAAAAUAUUAAAAUUUUUAAUAGUUAUAAAUAAACGCAUUAUGAAGGGGAAAUAUUUUUAUAAGCUUUUUUUAUCAAUAUUUAUACAUAAUUAUUGUAAUAAGGAGUAAUAAAUUCCGUGUGAUAACGCGCAAACAACAUUUACCCAAUUAUUAAAACUAUAAAUUUACAAA